GGGGAGGAGAAUACCUGGUCAGGCUGGGGAUGUAGCCAGCGUUCCAAUGGUGGGUAGGUGAGUUAGGCUAUUUAUCACCAACGGGGCAUACAACUGGCCAGGAAACAAAGGUAUGUCUACCUGUUCAGUAGUGCACAGGUAUACACAAAAUGGAGGAUGGCUUUAUAAACGAUGAGGAGAAUAAAGGGAAGCUGGCUGUGGAACAAUGGGAACUGAAUUAACCUUUCAAGAUUCCUGCGUACCAAUAGACAGGAAAGACUGUGGUGUCGGAACCGCACUGAUCAACCCCUGCUCCUGCCAGACCUAUUACAGAUGUAACACAAAUUUUGCUAUCAUCAAUCAAACCUGCGCAGGAGGUACUUUCUACGACCACGUGAAUGAUCGAUGUAACACGCAGAUAAAUGUGGAGAUUGAUGGAAUCUGUAGUCGCACUGAACCAUGGAUACAGUGCUUAAAUGAAACAGGAGCUAACAUUGCGGAGCUGGCACAGAAAUGUGGAGGUGCAUACGCUACAUCGACCGUGACGCCGACACCAGGGCCAGAUGGUGGAAAUACCGGCCUGGUUGUCGGUGUCGUAGUAGCUUGUGUACUACUUGUUGUUGUCUUAGCCAUUCUGGUCUACUGCUGGUACCAACGUCAAAACAAAAGCGACACCACAAAGAUGAACGAACACAAGGACAGUAUCAACAACCCAAGUUAUUUUAACAAGAUAGAACGCAUAGACAGUGUGUAUGCAGAGAUCGACGACAACAUGAACACUCCUGUGUAUAAUUCGAGCACCCUGGCUAACAUGCGCCCUCCACUUCCGGCCAGUAGACCUUCAUCACAGGCGUCCACCGCUAGCGGGGUAAUUAGCCUGGAUACCCUCGGCACGGACAAAGACCCGCCAAACCGUACCAUGGAGAGCGUGUACGUGGAACCAUUAGCAUCUGAUGACACUCCCAAGGUGACGAGGGCGUCGGAAACGUUGGAGCCUAAACCUUCGGUGUACGCCGAGGUUUUGGACCGGCCACCUGAUCCAGAACCUUCCACUGUCGAUCUAUCUUCUCCUUACGAUAACUCAUGGCAGUCGUAGAACUCGGGAUCUCACAUUGAGGCACACUUUCUCGCAAAAAUACUCGGAUUUUCUCGACACAAUCACCUAUUGUGUUCCCUGUUUCAUAUCUGCUGUUAGGACGUUUCCUCCAUCAUGGUCAAUUUGAUGGUCAUUUUACUCAAAGUAGAACGUACUGAAGGAACGUCAACUUAUGUAUUAAUCGUUUAUAAUUCAGUGAUUGGCUGCCUCCUGUUUUUCAUUGAAAUUAUGAUAUUUGUAACUUUACUAAAAAAGUACACCUUUUAAACAAGUAAGAUCUUUAUUUACAAAUAAGAAUAAUCGGUUUACCGCUAAAACAUGCAAAAGUAAAUUUUUCAAUUUGUAAAUCCAAUCCUUUUAAUCAAAACUCUGAGAGAAAAAAUUGACAGUUUAUAUUUUAAAUCUACAGUUUACAGUCUGUCUUGCUCAGACAUAAGAGUAAUACUGACUAAUCUAUUACUACAGCUUCCGCUGAGUACUCAUCAUAUCGACACAAUAUCAGUAUCGAUCAGUUAAAACUUGACAGUGGAUAUCACCGACCAAACGGUGAUUACAUGUACCUAUAUUUACUGGUAUGGACAUCUAUUGUAUGUCUUAGUAUCCUGUAUAAGAAAGUUCGUGGGAAACAAAAACUGGUAACCACUAAUGUCAUGCAUAACGAUAUACUGUGAAAUCAUACAUUUUCGUGGAUCUCAAAUUUCGUGGUUUCCCAAAAAUAACCACAUUUCAUAGGCACAUGUAUUCGUCGGUCACGAGUACCAACUCAUACGGAGAAAAGCUUUAAGUCAAACUUGUAAUUACUUCGUGGACCUAUGAAUUCGUAGAUAAAAAGUACCGACGAAAUCAUCGAAAUUAAAAAACCCACGAAAAGUAGUGAUUUCACAGUAUCUGCAAUUUCAUGAAGAAUGAUACUGUCCCUAAACAAAUUAAGCAUAAUAACUGUUGAAUGGUAAUUUAUUAUUACAAACAUAAACGUGUGAUAUUCAAGUGCAUUUUGUUGCAUGUUUUUAUGGAUCUGUAUCAGUACAAACGUGUCUGUUAAUGUAUAAAACACGUGGUGAUCAUUGGUUACUGGGUUGCCAUAUCUUAAUUUGUUGGAUAUGUAAUAUCCUUAGAUGCACUGAACUUUUGUUAUAGAACGUAUUUUAUGAUCACAUUUCUUUUAUAUGAUAAGGAGAAAUAUAAUUAUAGUUCUUUAAAAAUGAUGUAAUUUAUAGAGAAUAAACUUAGUUCAUGAUUUUCUCAUCAAUUAAUCGAACCGGGGAACUAUAAGAAGUGUCCCUUCACUAUUCGAUGUAUUGGCAUUUUGAUUUGGUGCGUGUAUUUGUGACUUAUUAUAUAAAGUUAAAAGCAUGUAAGUUGAAGUUUGUAAGUGUCGCCAUGUUUGUUUUUAUGAUGUUAUUAUAUUCCUGUAUUCACCAGAACACUGUGCAAUAACAAAGCAAUGGACUACACAAGUGACGUCACGGUGACGAUAGGACACGCUUCCUGCCUGACUAGAUAUAAAAGUCUAUCUCACAGUGUGAUCAUCAGUACCAGUAUAUGUUUAGUAUGCGUCUCACUUUAUUCACUUGCUGGAUAUGUGAUGUGACACAAUGUAGUGCUUUGUAGUUAUUAAUAUGACGAGAAAGUAUCAUUAAAUCUCACGGGUCUUGUAAAUUGUGAGUGCCAGGAUAUGGUAUUUGUGAAAGAAAAACGUAAUACACACACAGGGGAUUACAGAUUUAGAAUUUGACAAUAUACACAGUAUGACAAUAGACACAGUAUGACAAUAGACACAUUAUGCCAAAAAUGAAUUACACUACGUCAUACGGCUGUUUCGUCCUUCUGGAUUCAUCGGUGAUGCUAGGGCCAAAACGUUAGAAAUCCAAAUUGUCAACUACUGUUUAAAAAGAUGAGCAGGUUUCAGAAUUUAUAUGUGUACUGGUUGAUUUCAAUUUAAAUAAUUUGUAUAGUAUGUAUACUAGGGAAACAAUCAAAACAGCUUUACAAAAUUGUAUGUCAUUAUUAUUAAGGUGAUCAUACGAAAUAGCCUUUCGGUACAUGGAUAUGCCAACUGUUUCGAACGCGCGGAAUCAAUGAAAUACGACUCUUGAAAAUUCGUUGGUAAAUUACACAUCUUUUAUUUUUGCGCAUUAUAUGUAUUAAUAUGUCUCAAAAGUCAACUUGAAUAAAAUGACUAACUAAAAUGAUACACUGAUUUGAAAAUACUAAAGUAAAAUAUCCGUUGACUUGUCCGCCAUUAGCAAUUGCAUCGAAAUGAAGAAAACAUUCAAAUUGACGAUGUAUGUACCUGUUACAAAGACUAGGAAAUACACAUGUCUGAAUGAUACCUUUAUAGCCCCUCAAGGGAGCAGUUAUAGCUACAGAUACUGUCUCCUCACUGUCACAAAAUGUCACUUGCGAUUUCUAUGGAUGACAACUUGAGAGAAAGAUGAAGAUAUUUGUGAUAAUCCUUUCACCCAUAAAUAAAUUUAAUAAACUCUACCAUAAUGAUUGAUCUUGAUGAGUCCUUUAUAGUCUACAGUGCUGAAAGGGUUAAUACAUUUUUUCUAUUCAUUUCGAUAACAGCGUGUAUGAGAGAAAGAUAGAUAUAGGAAGAGAGGAGGGACAAGUGUUGUAGAAAAGUGUUAUAUUGCUUUUGAUAAAAUGUAUUACGACCAACUCCAUGGUAUCUGGUACAUUUCUAUUAACAUGGAAUUAGCAAGUUGUCUCCCUUUAAACGUUUAAAGUUUCAUUCCAUGUGCUAUUUCGUAUGCAUUUUUUAGCUAAGCGAAAAAUAUAUACAUAGGGCAUUGGUCGACAUGUGUGUGUUGUUAUGAGGAUGCUGAACAGUCUCGGGUAUAAAUACGUACGGAAGUUAUAAAAUGUUAUAUUUACAAAGUAAAUCUACGUACCUUUGACAUAUGUCCAGCAACUCCUAAGCAGGUUUAUACAUUAUAUUGUAGUACUGCUCUUGAUUCUGCCGUUAUUUAUGAGUGCGCUGUUAGGUAUCACGUGUUCUAUGUACAGAUUGUCUACCCUUGACUUUCCCCUGUGAUGUCGUCUGGUUAAAAAUCAGGUCAGGCCUUACUGGUUAUGGACGUAUUUCGUUUGUAUUUCUGAUAUUAUUGCAUUAUUUUCGACAUGAAACAUGAAUUUUCACUUACAACUCUGUGUUAUCUUCUCCUUUUCAGUGAAUAUUGUAAUGCGAGUACUGGGAAUAAACAUUGCAGUACACGCCAGACUUCACAAUAUAUACGUAUGUUCAUUGAUGCAUGAACCGAAACAAUGCAUAUGCAAAAUAAAUAAAUAAGUAUAAAUAAAUAAACGAAUGAAAAAGA